AUGGAUUCUACUGGAGCACCAACUCGCUUCCGUGAAAGUAAGCGAAGAGGACAAAACCCAAAGCAGAUGAACGACGAGAUCACUCGAGAAGCAUCGUGCUCCACCAACGACCCCCCUCCUGCUUCACAGAAGAAGCGACGUCUGCAUACCUAUGAACGUGCUCGUGCGGCCUACGAACGGAUUCAAGCGGAACGUAAGGCUGAACGAGAACGACAACAAGCGGAACGAGAGAGUCGACAGAAGGCCCUAGAGAGUUAUUUGUCAACAAAACGUAAAAUGGAUAAAGCGUUGAAGAAGCGAAAUAAGAAGGGACAACCAAAACUGAAUGCUCAAAUUGAAGUUUUACUAGAAAAAAUUCAAAAACGACAAUCUCAGUGA